AUUUACAAAGGUGCUGUUACAGACCGUCACUGUUUCCCAGGUAAGUACUCCCUGAGAGUUUCACCUGUUUAAUAGCUGAUGAUUUUAACACUUCUUUUCACUUGGUUUGAGAUCUUCUAAAGGGGUAUGUGUACACUUGCUUAUUUCUAAAAUGUGCUCCUGGAUACUGCUUUGCCUCAGCCAUUGAAGGAAUUCCAAAAGGACUCCUAGUGUAAGGCAGUUCAGGUUUGACUGCAUGAUUAUAAGGAGAUGUAGAUGUCUCUCAUCACUGGAAAGAUUAGUGAUGUACAGUUGAACAUUGUCUGAAGCCUAGAGGAAUCUGUAUGUGCAAACUGAAUAGAUAGUUAUGAGCAGCUGUGACACAAACCAGGAUGAAGCACAAGGUGAACGUAUUCCAUCACAUUUAGUUUUCUCACAACAUUUUGUACUAAAGGACUAAACGCUUUGUAUUUUACAAAAGGAGUGCUGUCUUGAGAAUGGAUGGCUGUAUUAAUUUCAGUGUUACCUACACUUAGUCAACUCACUGAGGGGCAGGGAAGGAUAGAUGUAGGGAAGGCAUUCACAAGACAUGGAGGCUCAAGAGUUUGUGGGAAUUAGAUGGUUCAGGCAUCUGUCCUUUGUCAAUUCUAGAACAGCAUAGACUAUAAGAACUUUUAUUUGGCAAGUGCUGAAUAUGCAUACAAAAUGCAGAACAUGCUAUACAAUUUAGAACUUUAAUAGUGUUCUCUGGACAUCAAGCGUUAUGCAGAAACCAAUAGAAACAAAUAUGAAGUUUUCUGUUUAUUAAACAUAAAUCCAGCAGCUGCAAAGCAAUAACAUGACCAUCAUUGAAGGUUUUUAAGUAGUACUCUAACAAUUACCUUAUGACUAAGUAAUGAUAAGCAUAGCAAGGUCAUUACUAUUUUUUUUUUUUUUUAAGCAUGAAAUGAACAAAUUCAGCCAUUGAUUUUAUUAAUACGUUUCAGUGACUUGUCUGGAAUCUAACCAGUAUUGAAUAAAAGUACCGACUGAAUAACUGCUGGCACUCUGAAGUCUAGCUUGUAAAGAUGAACUGAGGUUUCACUGUGAAUUUUGUUUCUCUGGGAAUGGUUGUAACUGACAUUAUUUUUCCAUUCACAGUUGCACAUAAAAUGCUGUGCGUGAGAGUGAAUGGGAAUAUUAUUUCCAUAAUGUCCCAAAACUCCAUGGGACUAAGCAUCUUCAUUGUAUCCAGCCUUUGGAACCAAUGAUCAAUGCUGAACUAUCAGCUGUGAAGAAUCUCUAUACUUCUAAUUUCCCUUUUUUGAAAUGGCAGCAUUUCAUCUGAUGUAGUUCUUGUAUUUAGGAACUGAAGUUUCCACAUGGAUGGAAUCGAAGUCUGGAUACAGUUCUGUAAACCUGGAUAAUGCUGGAAGAUGGUUAGUUUAUUGCAUUCUCAAAGGCUUUUCGUGAGGGUUUUGGAAGUAAGUAAUGGCUUGUGGCAGUGUGGAUGAAGAUUCACAAAUACCACCUGCUGGAACUAAUGUUUAAACCUUCCUAAAUUAAAGCUAUUAGCAAACAUAUGUGCUAGUAAUAUUCAGCUUCUUUAUGAGCAAAGGAAUCUUCCAGUCACAUGCGUAUCAACAUGAAUUACAGAGAUUAUUAUUAUUUUAUAAUACUGCAUUAUCAUGUAUGCAAAUUAUGCUUCCAUUUCAUCUGGCAGUGUUCUGAUCAAUCAUAUGUUGUGGUCUUACUCCAUAAAGCCCACGGCGAAGGAGUGAACACCAGGAACUUCAUCAUUUUUUUGAUGCAGAAGGGGCAGAGUAUCCUAUCUGUUUUGGGAAAACCUUGUUUUUAAAUAUCCGAGGACUUCAGUAUUAUUGCAGUGGCCCUCUGAAGAGCAUGAGGCUGUUCUAAGCCCCACAGAUCAGGUAGCCCAAGUUGGUUCCAGGAUAAAUACGAAUGUUCUCAUCUGCUCAGCCACUGCUAACGGCUGCCCCUAUGCAUGGCACUUGCUUAUAUGGAACUGAAAUGCCAUCAAGAGUUGCAUACUUGUUUGAAGAGUUAGUGGGAUAAGUUGUGUUUUCUUGUUCAUUCCUUUCUUGUUCUUAAAGUUCUCUUCCUCACUGAGUGAAGUUGCCAGAAAAGGAGAAGUGAAUACUUCUCUCUUGACUGCCUGAAGAGGCGGUCUUACAGCCCUAAAAAUAAACAAGGAGUCUGAAAGAGAAGUCUUGGGGAAAUUCCUCCCUCAGUGGGAGUUCUGCCAUGGAUUUCAGUGAGUUCAGGACUUUGUCUGAUGUGUUGGCCAACUGCUGCAGUUUUGUUGAUUUUUGGCCAGCUGUGCCAACCACAGCUUGUUCUGUGUCCCAGAAUAGCUGCUUUGAUAAGAUAUUUACCAUUACAAGUAUGGAACAGGUCCUCUAGCCAGCACUUAACAUUACAGAGUAGCUGCCAUUUAAAAACACAGCCAACACUUUCCUGAAAGUUUCUGUGGUGGUUAUUUUCAGUUGUUUCUUCAAGUUGAUGGUGGCCCUCUGAGGAAAAAGGCAAAAUUAAAAACGCCAUUAGGGAACAAAAGCAGUGUUUGAAAUUUUAAUGUUCAGGAGUUCUUAUUUACCACUUAAAAACUGAUGUUAUAACUGGUGGGUGCGAAUGGUUAAUUCAUUUUUAACAAAUGUGAUUUCUAGAAGAUAAUUCAGCACUGGAAGAGAUGGAGUUAUGCUUGCUGAAGUCCACGUGUUGCUGAAUGUGUAUCCAUUAGCUGAACCCUUCCUGUGAUCACCAAGUCAGUUAAUAGAGUAUCACAGGGAUAUUGGAGAUUUCCCUUCUGGAAAUGGAGGCUGAAUGUCCUUGCUAACUUGGUUCACUAAAAUUCAUUCAAGCUGAAAUUUAUCUGGAUACUUAGUGUGUUUUCCAGAACUGAGGCUUUAGCAUUGACUUUGGUAUUUAGUUUUGUUAUUUUCUAAAAUAACUUUUCUUUACAGCAGUAUGCAAUCUUAAAGAUGGAGAAUUGUUUCUGUCCCAUUCCCAUCCAUCUGCUCUCCCAAACUCUUUCAAAUUACUGUUUUACAGCCCAAACUGAGGCACUAUGUGUGAUGAUGAUGAAACCACUGCCCUUGUUUGUGACAAUGGGUCUGGGCUUUGCAAAGCUGGGUUUGCAGGAGAUGAUGCUCCAAGAGCUGUGUUUCCAUCCAUCGUUGGACGCCCUCGACAUCAGGGUGUUAUGGUUGGAAUGGGCCAAAAAGACAGCUAUGUAGGGGAUGAAGCGCAAAGCAAAAGAGGGAUCCUGACGCUGAAGUAUCCCAUUGAGCAUGGAAUCAUCACCAAUUGGGACGACAUGGAAAAGAUUUGGCAUCAUUCUUUCUACAAUGAGCUCCGCAUUGCACCGGAGGAGCAUCCUGUGCUGCUGACUGAGGCCCCAUUGAACCCCAAGGCCAACCGCGAAAAAAUGACUCAGAUUAUGUUUGAGACAUUCAAUGUGCCAGCCAUGUAUGUAGCAAUUCAGGCAGUGCUGUCUCUGUAUGCCUCUGGAAGAACCACUGGGAUAGUUUUGGAUUCUGGGGAUGGUGUCACGCACAAUGUACCUAUCUAUGAGGGCUAUGCCUUGCCCCAUGCUAUUAUGAGGCUGGACCUUGCAGGGAGAGAUCUGACUGACUAUCUCAUGAAGAUCCUUACAGAGAGAGGCUAUUCUUUUGUCACCACUGCGGAACGGGAGAUUGUGAGGGAUGUAAAGGAGAAGCUUUGUUAUGUGGCUUUAGAUUUUGAAAAUGAAAUGGCAACUGCUGCUUCCUCCUCCUCCCUUGAAAAGAGCUAUGAGCUUCCUGAUGGACAAGUCAUCACGAUUGGAAAUGAAAGAUUCCGAUGCCCAGAAACUCUCUUCCAGCCGUCCUUUAUAGGGAUGGAGUCUGCAGGUAUCCAUGAAACUACGUACAACAGCAUUAUGAAAUGUGAUAUUGACAUCCGUAAGGAUCUAUAUGCCAACAAUGUACUCUCUGGAGGAACCACAAUGUAUCCUGGUAUUGGUGACCGUAUGCAGAAAGAGAUCACAGCUUUGGCUCCAAGUACCAUGAAGAUUAAGAUGAUUGCACCACCAGAACGUAAAUACUCUGUCUGGAUUGGGGGUUCAAUAUUGGCAUCCCUCUCCACUUUUCAGCAAAUGUGGAUUAGUAAGGAUGAAUACGAGGAAUCUGGGCCCUCUAUUGUCCAUCGCAAGUGCUUUUGAAUACUUUCAUUGGGUACUGCCCGUGAUAAGUAGCGCUGUUUCUCUACACCUUACCUGCUGCUCUUCACUCUGAGUGAAUCCUGGUUUGGCUUUCUCUACUUGCAAUAAAGCGUACUGUGUGGAUGUCAUAUGAAUUAGUACAUUACUUCUAAGCUUUUAAUGCUCAAACAAGGCUAACGUUUCAGUGAUGGAUGUUUUUCAAGAUUAAUAAUAGCAAUUAUAGUACACAGUUUGUAGACACCUUCCCCUCCCCACUUUGUAAGGAUCUAACUACCAUAUGUGGAGGAGGUGUACCUUACAGCUGUAUGUUAGUCUCUGCUAACUGGGGGUAAGUUGGAAGGACGCAAAUAGUAUGGGAUUCUUUCAAACUCGCAUGUAAUGAAAGAUUUGGGUACCAUAUGUGGCUUAUUUUGUGCAGUUCAGUGGCAGACAGGAUUUUUCUAAGGGGAUUAAUUUUACUGAGGAUACAGUAGAUUUAUGUGGGAACUACUGUGCACACGGUCUUUUGGUAGUGCUCAUAUGGAUGUCUUUCCUUUGUCUGCUGAAAUUGUUUGGCAGGAGUCCUUUGUCUCCCUGUGACCACCACUCACCAACAGCAGUGCGUUUCAACAAGCUACAGUGACAUUUGCACACACGUGAAACAGGCUUAGUUCUCAUACUGUUUUAUUCAUCUCUUAUCAGGCAGCCAAAUGAUACUUCAUUUACUUCAUCUGUAUCUGUGCUGUGCUAAGCUAAUGGUUACUGAGUAAAUAACCUUUUAAAUACGUUAUUAAAAUAUUUUGGGUUUAAUGGAUCAAUAAAAGUGUAAUUAUCCACGU